UGGUGGUGUCCUAUACAGUUGCAAGAUUUGCUGAAGAUAGCAACUAAUCAAGAAAUAGCAUUAUAAGUUGAUCAUGGUUCACGGCGGUGGAUCUUGUUCCGGUGGUAGUUCGUCUGGUGGAGGAUUUACAUACAUCCAUGUAUCUGCAUCUAAUCGAUGUCGCUCAAACAGAAGAAACAGACGCGGUGAAGACUGUACAUCUAACGACUGUAAGAGGUGCUUUCUCAGUCUUGGUCUGUGUUUUGGAUGCAGAGGACAAAAUAACUUCGUCAAGAUAUUCAAAAUUUGGGCUUGGCUUUUGAUAAUGUCCUUUGUGACAGGAUUAGCUGUCGGGUUCGGUCGGUAUGGUCCAACAAAUAUCCCCGUCAGUCCCUCAGACAUGAUGCCGAUAACUCGAGGGAUCCAUCCGUCAUUUUGCGAAGGUGUUAAAAUUGAAUCAACUCUACCUGUUAAUACGUACCUACUGCCAUCACCACUCGUCAUGUCGCCAAACAAAAUUGCACAUUCCAUCACGCAGACGGCUGUAAUUGUGGGGGACAGAUACGAGUACUGGGGAUUCUAUCUCCUUUCUGGCUCUGUCAUAGAAAUAGAUAUUUGUGGAGAUAAUGUUGGAGACUUGUACAUCAUUCAAGGCGACAGAAACUUUCAUUCUUGGAAGGAGAAUAACUACGACCCGGGGACAUACAAAAAGACGGUACGGACUAAGCCUUGUGCGCAGCCACGGUAUGCCAAGACUAAGCUUAAUUACAGUGUCAUGGUCACUGAUGAGUUCUACAUUGUUUUAGCCAAUCACAAACGUCAACCGUUGAGUUCUAGUAUCACGUUCAUUUUAAAUAGGACAGUUUACGAUUUGGGACGUUAUAUAGAGUUUUACAACAGUUCAAAACAAUGUACCAUUGACGUUUCGGAAGAUAAAGCGAUUGUUGUUUAUGUCCCAGAAUCCGACGAUUUUGAUUUCAGUAUCAAAACAUCUUGUGUACGACGGACUGCAGUUUUCCUGGCCAUAUUUCUAAUCAUUCCUCUGGUCAUUGGUGUUCUUGUGACUGGAGGUAUUGCUUAUAUGAUUUGUCGCGCCAACGCGCUGAAAAGAGACAUUCACAGACGUGAAGGGCAUGCUCUCAUAUCCACGCCACCAGCUCAUGAAUAUCAGACACUUGUAAAUGACUUAAGGAACGAGCCAUCAGCUCCAUCAUACAACGAUGUAAUGGGUGAUCCACCAUCAUAUGAUCAGGCGAUGACAUUGCAGAAAAAUUGACAUGACAAACUUACCUCACGCUUCUGUGGUUGAUGAUACUUUCGGGAAUCCCGUGAUAUAAAGGAAACACAGAUCUGAAGUCAAAGUUGAUGAAAUCGCCCUCUUUACUAUGAUUUCAUAAUA